AAAAGGAGCAAAAAUAAAAGUAGAAUAUAUAUUACGAAAGGAGUGUUAUAAGAAAAGUAAUGUCAAUUAAUUUAUUCAACACAUUUUUUUUUUUCUUUACAAAACUAAUCAAGUAAUAAGUACGUUGUGAUAAUUCAUUUCUUUAAAUUAUUUUUUUCUAUUUAUACUUCACAUUUAUAUUACUGGCGGGCGGACAAAGGAAUAUAAGUCAAACGUUUAUAUAAUUUUUCUUUUUUCCCGCUUUUUUAACUGAAAUUAUAAUAAUAUAUGAAAAAUGAAAACUGAAAAAUUUUAUUUAAUAUAAAUCAUUAUUUCCGAAAACAAAAAAAAGAAAAAUACUUCUAAAUUAAGUGUAAUGCAUAUUUUGUAAGUCCAUUAAAAUGAGAAAUAUGUUAUCAAUUUUCACAUCCGAAAUCUAACACUUGAUCUUGCAUUGCACUUUAAAUAUUAUAAUAUUUGCUUUCCCGAUAAAAUAAUAAUUCAUAUUUACGCACUUCUGUCCGUCGACCAGAAAUAAAUAUCUACCUUUUUUCUUUUUUUUAUAUUGAUUUCAUAUUGAUCGAUGUGGAUCGAUAUAAAUCAAAUAUCGAUAUAUAUGUAUCGAACGUUGAUGUUACAAAUCGAAAUAUUGUAUUCUUAUCGGUUAGAAUGCAUUUUUGUAAGCUUAUUCAUCGACCAAGUAUGGUUACCCGAGUGUGGUACGUUCGUAACAAAAUUUUUUGAUAACCAUAAAUCUAAAGUAAAAGUGAAAAUUAAGUUGUUGAACAAAUUCUAACCUUAAAUAAUAAUAUUCUUACAAUGGCGAGACUUCCACCGCUUAAUUAUUUCAUGGAAAAAGAAGCAGCAAAUAUGGCUACAAAACGUUUUAAUCUUAUUCUUCAAGAAGCAUUACAGGAGUACAAAAAAAUAUGGGCGACCUACUUAGAUUUUGUAAGACAGUAUCAAGAAACUGAUUCUAAAUCAUUGUUCGAAGAAAAGACUCAGACAGAAAAAAAGAUAGAUGAAAAUAAUAAAUCCUCAGGAAGCAUGUAUUCUGAAGAACCAAAUUCAACUUAUUCAAUAGAGAAUACUCAGCAACAAUCUACUUUGGAUGUUCAUUCUAGUAUGGAAUCAUUGUUCGAUAAGAAUAUAUUUGAAAAUGUAAGUUCAAUGCCAGAAAGUCCUAUAUUUUUUAGAAACAAAUCAAAUGUUAAAAAUAUCAAUUCUAAUAGAAAUAUUUGUAUGGAUAGUUCUUCUGAAAGCAUAAGUACAAUAAAUAAUUUAAGAAACGAUAAUAAGCAAGAGAUGUCUGAUAAAACAAAUUCUGCAUUUACUGAAGAUUCUACGAGUAAUGUUCCUUCAUUAUUUUUAUGUAGUACUCCGACUAGAAACAAAAAAUGUAAUAUAAGUAAAACAAAGAAUGUUAAAAGGAACACACAAUCCAAAACAGCUACACCAUUGAAUAAUUUAAAAAUAAGAAAUAAUUUACGUACUAUAAGAAAAGAGAAAGCAUUGAACAAAACGCCUUUGCAAGUUAUAAACAAUAUGAGCUUGACACCAAAGAAUAAUUCUCUAAUAGAUAAGAGUAAUAUUAAAUUAAAUACGAUAUCAUAUAACAUUCAAGUCACAUCGACGCCAAGUAGUAAGAAAUUAAAACAAACCAAAUUAGUAUUUCACAAGACCAAAAAAACGAUGGAGCUAUCAAAUAAUUUAAAGUCGACUGGUACUCUUGUAUUAACAAAGACUGAUAAAUCUGUAUUUAAUCAGGACACAAUUUCAAAACAAUGUACAUUAACCAAUAUAAUAAAUACAAAGAAAAAGGGAAUAGAUGAUGAACAUAUUGAUAAUAUUUGUAAUCAGACUGAAAAGACAGAAAGCAUAAUAGAAAGUGCACAAAUAAAAAACGAAUUGAUAUAUCAGCAAGAAUAUGAAAUAAAUAAUCAAAUGGAAGUAAAUGAUCCAUUAAACAUUAGUAAUGAAUCACUUUCAACUUUCUUUUCAGAAUAUGAAAAUAAUAUAAAUCUUGAUCAAAAUGUUAACAAUUGUAGUAUUGAUAAAACUUUUUUGCCUUCAGCAAAAUCCGAAACUGAAUCUCAGCAUAUCAAAAAGAAACAAACUAAAAUAUUGAAAACAAAGGAAAAUGUGAUAAAUAUCAUUGAUCUAGAUGAAGCAGCAGAAAAGAGAAUUAAAUUAUCUAAAAAUAGAAGCUGCAGAGAAUGCGAACAAUAUGGAGAAAAACAAUGCUGUCAUUUCAGAAAUAUACCGUAUAAGAGAGAAACCACACCAAUGGAUUUUUGUAUCUCUAUGUCACCUGAUAGCCCUUCAAGUACCACCUAGUUUUGUAUAUCUAUUAUUUAUUUAUAGGAUUUAUAUUCAUUUAUUAUAAAUUGAUAAAUCAAAUAAUACAUUUUUAGUAUAUAGUUAAUAUAUAGUUAUACUAAAGUAUUAGAAUUAAAUAUUGUAAAGAAACUUUAAUAUCAUGUAUAUUUAUGUUUGUGUAAGUGUAAGUAUGUAUAUGUCAAAACCAAAGUAUGUACUUGUGUAAUAUAAUUAUUCAUAUCUUUGUUGUACAACUAGGAUCAAGUAAAUUCCACACAAAUUUUAUUAAAAUACACGAUAAAAAAUAA